AUGCUAACAGUUCAACCGCGAGCCAUACAAACCAGAGCUACUGGUGGAACACUGGUCCUUAAACUUGUCAACACAAGUAUUGCGCGACUGGCUUUCAAAUUGAAAUCAACAAAUAAUAAGGAAUAUCGGGUUAAUCCGGCUCAUGGUUUCAUCGAACCGCAAGGCAUAUACCAUGUUGCGAUACAAAAAUCAUCUGGUCCAGUAAAGGAAGAUACCUUUAUCAUACAGUAUGCUGAGGUAGCAGCGGAUUGUACCGAUCCAAAGGCACCAUUUAAAGCGGAUGCACAACAAGGUGAAAUAAUUAUAUAUGCACAUGUUGUGUAA